UUUGUUGCGUUUCAAUCGCGCGUUCUGUCUUGUCGAUCUUGGUCCUCGUUCUCCGCGUAUAUAUUUAGCAUUUUACUAUGAGGCUUCGAUUCCUGAGCCGUUCUCGGAGCCACUCAGCAUGGAUGGACGGGGCGUUAUCAUUUUAACAUCCUGGUUCUUGAUGUCUGUCCUUUCCUUGAGAUUUGCUGCCCGUUGUGUCGUCGGUUAUGGUUCUGCGAAUUAUGAAUUACUCAGGAACGCUCUCGAUUGGUUCCUGGAGGACUCUUCAGAACCAAGGUCAAGCCUUGUUCGUCUGGACAUCCCUGAACUGACCUGUGAUCUCUUGUGCACUUCGAAUCUCGGGCUGCCUGCGAUCAGUUUCAUGAAGGGACCUCCGGCACCUAUUUGUUCUAGCUACGUCCGACACUCUGGUUUUUCCCAUGGUUUGGAUAGUCUAAUGUUCGCUCAGAGGUGAUCAACGCGUGAAGCAUGCGAUUAGCUCUUUCCUUGCUGCCACCACGUUCAGAAUUCGGCCUCACACUACCAGCUCUGUUUGGCUACGGGAUGAUAGUGCCAUUAGGAUGUCAUUGAGAUCUUCUGACUCUAUUGUUUGUCAAAAUUAAAACGGAGAAACACUGGUGACCAGAUCGUAUCGUGCAUGAAUGAGUUCGUUGCAGU